AAGCAAUUAAAAGUAUCAACGACCUCACAAUCCACAAGCAAACAGAAUGUUCCGGUCGUCACUCGCCCCUCGGAUAGGCCGUGCGCUCUUUAAACAGCCUUCCGCUUCCUCCUUAUUACCCCGCCGAUUUUUACACGCCGUCCCUCCUCUCGAUGCGAGUUUUUCUAGAGAUGGGGUACCAGGAUUAUUGUCCGUUGACGGCUUCAAUAUCGCUUGGACACAAUACCAGCAUAUGAUGGUUCAAAAGCUCAAUUUGCUUCUUGCGGGUAAGUCAAUGCCACGUUCUCUUGCGACAAUGCACAUGGCAGUAAUCUGUACUGACCUUCUUCAGAAUCACCUGGAGACUUGGUCAUCCAACCCAAGACCAUUCUUGAGAAAUAUGCCCGAAAUCCCAAUCAAGCCCCAACAUUCAACCAUGCCAGCAUGGCCCACAACAACCACUUCUUUUUUCAGACACUCUCUACCAUCAAAGAGCCUAGACCAAUUCCUUCAUAUCUAAAGUCAAAACUCGAAGAGUCCUUCUCCUCAAUCGAUACCCUCCGGAGGGAGUUCGUCAAUACUGCAUGCGCCAUGUUUGGUCCCGGAUUCGUGUGGUUGAUGGUAGAUAGAUCCGGGAAGUACAAGCUACUGUGUACCUAUCUGGCUGGGUCUCCAUAUGCAAAGGCGCAUUUCAGGAGACAAUCUGUGGAUAUGAACACCGAGGAUAAAUCGAUCCCUGAAGCCGUAAGGAGAGCAAAUUCUCAACAACCAGUGAACGGAGUAGGGGCUCAUGGUCCAUCAAGUGGGUCGAAACUCCAGCUUCCUCCAGGAGGUGCGGAAUUCGAGCCUGUUCUCUGCAUAAAUACUUGGGAGCAUGUGUACUUGCGAGACUACGGUGUAGCAAACAAGAGGGAGUAUGUGGAAAAUUGGUGGGAAGUAAUUGAUUGGAAUGUUGUUGCGCAAAAUGCUGGGGUACAGCACGUAGUUGCUCCUUCGGGGGCAUACAGAAUGUAGGAUCGCUCAGAAGAACGUGAUGAGAAAUGUAGCAUAUUUGGAGAUGUGAGAGGGCGUCCAGGCAUAGGUUGC